AUGGCUGGAUCUGGAAUGGGUGAGCUUCGUGCUCUCAUCUGCAAUGGAAGCAACUAUGAUUUCUGGAGAAUAAAGAUGUGCACAAUCUUCAAAUCUCACAAGCUGUGGGAUAUGGUUGAAAAUGGGUAUGAUCAACCUGUGAAGAAGGAAGAUGGAGAAGCUCUGACUGUAGCUCAAAAGCUUGCAUUGGAGGAGAAUGUUGCAAAGGAUGCUAAAGCUUUGGGACUGAUCCAAAGUGCAGUUUCUGACGAUAUUUUUCCCAGAAUUACAUUGAAGGAGUCAGCCAAAGAAGCAUGGGAAACUCUACAGCAAGAGUUCAGGGGAGAUAAGAAGGUAAGAUCUGUUAAACUCCAAGCACUUAGAAGGGAUUUUGAAUACAUUCAUAUGCAAGAGGAUGAUUCUUUAUCCGGUUAUAUAACUAAGGUGCUUGAGUUAGUAAAUCACAUGAAAGCAUAUGGUGAAGGGAUAGCUAAUCGAAGGAUUGUGCAGAAACUUUUGAUUUGUUUGUCUAGGGAAUAUGAUUCCAUUACUGAAGUGAUUGAACAAACAAAAGACACUAAAACUAUAGGAGUUCAAGAGGUUAUAGGCUCCCUGAAAUCUCAUGAACAACGUCUGCAAAGGCACUCUGAGAAAUUGACAGAAAAGGCAUUUUCUAGUCUUAAGUGCAAACCUAAAUGCUUUAAGUGUGAAAAGUUUGGUCACUUGGCAAAAGACUGCCAUGGCAAGGCACCUCAGGCAGUACAUUAUGCAAAGCACAUGGAGGAAGAAGGAAGAAUGUUCUAUGCAUGUCAUGCUGCUUCUGUGCUCAAGAACAGUAGUGUAUGGUAUGUGGACAGUGCUUGUAGCAACCACAUGACCUCACAUGAAUCUCUUCUCAUUGAUAUAGAUACAAAUGUUAUUGCAAAAGUGAAGAUGGGAACUGGAGAUUUGGUUCAAGUCACUGGUAAAGGCACCUUGGUCAUUGAUACAAAAUCUGGACCAUGGCAUAUAAAAGAAGUCAUGUGA